AUGAGAGAUAGAUGGGAGGGAGAAAAGUCACAAGCGUGGGAGGCAUACCUGAAGAUGAAGAGCCGCAACGCGCUUCGUAGUGAGAGUCCAGAGGAUGGGUAUUCGUCGUUAGACGCGACAUUACAUGCGGCACUAGAUAUUUUGGAGUCCGGCAUGGGGUGCGAUGCGGAGAGGUUACGUCAGUUUUCGUUUCGAAAGAUACAUCGGAGUUUGUGUAUUAUGAAGAAACAAGACCGGAUGCCUUUGUCGUUGGUAAGAGAGUUGUGGGAGAUGGACUACAAAUUGGCGGACAAAUGUGCGAAGCAGAUGGAUAGGGUUGGAUUAGUAGACCUUCAUUACGACAAUGAUGGUGGGUGGGUACGGAUGCAUGAUCUGACGCACGAUUUUGCGGUGCAGGAGGCGCAGAAGGAAGAAAGUGUAACGGUCUGGUAUAAGAAGUUGGCAGAUGUAUGCAAGCAGGGAGGAGGACUGCUUGCUAUAACUGAGAGCGAGGGCAGAGAGAGCAAGGAUGCAAGAGAGAAGUAUGUUUUCGAGAGCAUAUAUCGCGUUCUGAAACAGGGCGGGUGUUUGGAGGAGCUGAAGAAUCUAUUUUUGAAAGCGCGAUGGGUGAAGGCAGUGAUACAGAGAGGAAGUGUGUGGCAAUACGAGGAAGCUGUAAAGGAUCUAAAUAUCUUCUUGAGGAACACGGGAGGAAGCGAGAGCCUUUUAAGGGAUACCGGAGAAGAAGAUUCGGUGUCUGCGAUGGAAUUGAUGAUGAGAGCUGCACGACUGAGUGUACCUUUUUGUGGUGAAGGCAGUGCAGGGAUUUACUUUCAACUGUACGGAAGAAUCAAGCACAGGGCACCAGAAUUAGGUAGUGUGCAAAGGAUACUCGAGGAAAUCGAGACAUACGCACCACGGCCGUGGGUGCGACCUGUGGGUGAGUGUGUAGCGCGAGCCGAUGGAAGGUUGGUGGAGCAGAUUGUUCUGCCAUAUUUCGGUUCCAGAGAAAUUCAAGUGGGCAUGGAUUCCAGUGGUGAGGUGUAUGGAUGUCAGCUGAACGGGUCCGGGGCAGAAGUAACAGUUUUCACGCAAUGUGCUGAGAAGGAGACGAAGAUGGUUCGAUUAGAAGGCGAGCUCGAAACGGAGAGCCAGAGCCCAGGGGACGUUGAAGCAAGAAGUGUAACCUCCGAAGUGACUGGACAAAAACGGAGCAUGACGAAAGCUACGUGCGCAACUUUCUGUGAGAGGAAGGGGUAUGUUGCUGUGGGAUAUGAAGACGGGACGUUAAGGCUGUGGAGUACGUCGGAGAAGAAAGUAUUGAGAAGUUUCCACGGUCAUAGGUCGGAGGUGCGUUGCGUUGCGAUGAGUGGGGACGGAAGACGUGUGGUGUCUGGAUCUGAGGACGCUAGCGUGCGGGUGUGGGACGUGGAGACAGGAGCACAAGUCGGGGAGGCGUUAGUCGGAUACACGGAUGUAGUGCGUAGCGUUGCGAUGAGUGGGGACGGAAAACGUGUGGUAUCUGGAUCGUAUGACGAGAGCGUGCGAGUGUGGGGCGUGGAGACGGGAGCACAAGUCGGGGAGGCGUUAGUUGGACACACGGAUUGGGUGCGUAGCGUUGCGAUGAGUGGGGACGGAAGACGUGUGGCAUCUGGAUCGUUUGACACGAGCGUGCGAGUGUGGGACGUGGAGAGGAGUGCACAAGUCAGGGAUGCGUUAGUAGGACACACGGGUAUUGUGUAUUGCGUUGUGAUGAGUGGGGAUGGAAGACGUGUGGUAUCUGGAUCGGCUGACAAGAGGGUGCGGGUGUGGGACGUGGAGACAAGAGCACAAGUCGGGGAGGCGUUAGUUGGACACACGGAGGAUGUGUGUACCGUUGCGAUGAGUGAGGACGGAAGACGUGUGGCAUCUACAUCGUUUGACAAGAGCGUGCGGGUGUGGGACGUGGAGACGGGAGCACAAGUCGGGGACGCGUUAGUUGGACACACGCAUUGGGUGAGAAGCGUUGCGAUGAGUGGGGACGGAAGACGUGUGGUAUCUGGAUCGGAGGACAAGAGAUUGCGAGUGUGGGACGUGGAGAGAGGGAUCACACUUUACAUCGGGAGGGUAGAGGAUUUGGGAGAUAUCAAGAGUCGGUUCCUGACGACGCCAGACUUGGGUACUGCUUCUCACGCCGGACGAAGAUCACAAAUAUUUUCAAGGGAGGGAGGAAUUAUUCAAAGGCGAGAGGAUGGGUCUGAGGCUGUCUUGGCACAGUUGGACAAUCCAAGAGACUUGCAGAUAGACCAUGAUCACGGGGUCGCAGUAGCAAGGGUGGGUCAUCUAGUUGCUAUCAUGAGGCUAGUGGUGUAA